CUGGAAAGGUAAACAAGAUUGAAAGAGUUGAGUUCCGAAAACUUCUUUUAGAAGGCACGUUGUACUUGUUUAUAGUAGAAGAAUCUUAUUUUGAUGAACUACAGGAAGUUCUCUACUAUAUGUUUUAUAUGCUAGACUGCUAACUAACUGAGGGAAUACAGAGACAGACUUGGAAGAAUUUUACCUCAGCUGGUCUACCCUGUGCUUUUGCUGACAUCUGGUGGUGCCCACAGGAAACAUGGUGAGAUGGACAGCUAUUGUACUGACCUGUCAGAACAAAGAUAGCGCUCAUGUCUAUAAAAAAGAGCUAUUAAUGAGACAGCAGAAGGGAAUUCUGGAUAAAGAUGCUUUGAUUCUUGCUGUUGAAGAUCCCAAGGCUCAAGUUGGCAGUGGAGGUGCUACAUUGAAUGCACUUUUAGUGGUCACUGAACAUCUCAGCGCAAAACGUGGAUUCACGGUUGUCAAUUCUGAAGUCCUUGAAGAUGUUUAUAUUCUUAUAUUACACAUGGGGAGAAAUUUUCCAUUUGAUGCAUGUGGUCGCGCAUUUACCACAUUCCCUGCUCAGUUCCAAUCACCAACACCAGAUGGCAUUGUCUAUAACUUUGAUGCAUUAUACGAGUCAAUCACGAACAAGGUUGCCCAUGAUAGCCCUCCUGGUCUAUGGGUCAGUGGUACAGAUGCUAUUCUAACCAUCCCAGAUGUAGCUAACAUCCCUUGGUCAGAAACCUUAGAUGUGGUUGCCAUAGCGAUACCCACAAGCCCCCAGUAUGCAAAAUCUCAUGGUGUUUACAAGAUAGAUGGCUCUGGCAAUCUGACUGACAUUGUGUACAGAGGAGAAGAGGAUGCCAUAGAACAAUGUGCUUUGGAAAGUGGAUCUGUCCCUAUAAUUGCAAGCCUGGUUUAUUUUAAUACAAGGGUGAUUGAGAAGUUCAUAGGGUUUCAUGUGAUGCCUCCACUUGACGCUUGCACUUAUAUGGGCCUUGACAGUGUGGAGCUCAACCUAUUCAGUUAUCUCUGUUUUUCGACUUUCUGUUGUGUAUGGCAAGUAAUGUCAAAGAAGAGGACUUUACUUCUGGUUCCCGAAGUGUAGCAUAUGCUUCAAAAUCCAGUCAAGCAGAGUCCAAGGGAAUGAAAAAUGCUCGCUCUAUCCUUUGGAAACAUCUGCAUGGAACUGCAGUCAAGACAGUUGUACUUGAAAGUGCAUCUUAUGACUAUUUGACAUCACAGUUUGAUGUAACUGCCCAAGACCAUCAUAAGCAAUUAUUACAUUGCCCACUGCAAUAUGAGGGGUCCAAUUACUUAUGGAGCACUGUGGUCCAUUCAAACAUUCAGGACAAAUCUAGCAUUCCAGAAAACUCAACAAUUCUUAAUUCUGUACUUGGACAAAAUAUUUCCAUAGAGGGGAGAAGUGUAAUGUCUCACUGUAAUUUAGUAGGUCAGACUAACCUCCACAUAGGCAGCCAAUCCAUAGUCUCAGGACUGAUAUCAGAAGAUCUAGAACCACAGCAACCUCCAUGUGCAAUAACCCUACCUAAUGAUAUUGUUCUCCAAGGAUUCCACAUAAAAAUUCCAACCCUGCAAGGAGAGUCAAAACAUCAACAUAUCAUGACUGUCUUUGGCAAAUAUGAUCAUUUAUUGGAUAUUUUUACACAGACUGAGGGUCCCACAUAUAAAGGCAGCAGUUCCUAUUGCAAUACUCCAUGGGUUGUCUUCAUGAAUAGGACAGGUAUCUCUCAGGAAGAUCUAUGGGAUUCAACUGUUCCAGAUGAUAAGAAGUGUUCUAUGAAUGCUAAGCUGUUUCCACUGUUCCAUGUCUCAGAGUAUGUGGGUAUAAGGGAGAUCUUGUGGCUGGCUGGAGAUGAGAAUAUUAAUAUAGACUCCAAUGUUCUAGACAGAUGGCGCUCAAGUUGGAGAUUAUCAUUUGAGGAGAUACUGAAUUUCAUAGACCUCCAGGCAGAGUUCCAACAUAGAAGGAAGUUAUUUUUUGAAAUAGCGAAAAUAGAUAUUGUCAAUACAUUAGAAGGCAAAAAUGGUGCAGAUAUAAACAAGGGAUUGUGCAAUGUAUACGCAAGUGCAGUAGCAGAGGGCCUUCACUUUGAGGUCUUGGAGACACUUGACCAAGUUGCCAUGGAAACAUCAUCUGCUGGCGUUGCUGCAAGGACACUGGCAAACAUAGCAGAUGUUCUCGGUUGCAUGGCACGUAACAAUGGAGGAUUACGGAGCGGUCCCGCAGCUAAUAAAUCAUGGGGCCGAGCCUUUCAUUUGUUAGAGAAUGGUAGCAUAAGAGAAGGGGUGAGUGCAAUGUCAGAGGAGAGAGCUAAAUGGCUAGAGAGACCUGACCUAUUGGUGAGAGCUGCCAGACACUAUGAAGGUGCUGCUCAGAUACUUAUCAGACAUGCUGUAAUGAGUGCAAGACAGUUUAUCUCAACUACAAAAUCAGAGCUGCCACCUAUUGGGAGAUGGGUGAUGGCAGAAUGCCCUGCUAGGAUUGACCUAUCAGGUGGAUGGUCUGAUACUCCACCUAUCACAUAUGAACAUGGGGGUGCUGUGACUAACGUCUCAGUACUGUAUGAUGGAAAGAAACCAAUUGGUGCUAAGGCUAGGAGGAUAGAAAGGCCAGAGAUUGUGCUCCACCUUGAGGGUCGGGAACUUGUUCUUACAGAGCUGUCUCAUUUAGAGGACUACUGCCAGCCAUAUGCACCAGGUGCCCUGUUAAAGGCCUGCAUCCUUUGUGCUGAGCUGGUAGACUUCCCAAGUGAUGUUUCACUGAGGGAGCAACUACUGCAGCGAUACAACGGAGGGAUAGAGCUGCACUCAUGGUCUCAGCUGCCCCAUGGGUCAGGCCUAGGGGGUAGCAGUAUCCUUGCGGGUGCAGUCAUGGGGGUAUUGUGGAACAUCUCAGGGCAGGCCUAUGAUAAUAAAUCAUUAAUACAUGCAGUGCUUCAUUUGGAACAAAUGCUGACAACAGGUGGAGGAUGGCAGGAUCAGGUGGGAGCAUUAGUAGGAGGAGUGAAGAUAGGGGUGUCUAAGGGUGAGCUGCCACUGUAUGUUGACAUAGUACCACUAGAUGUCACUGUUGAGACUGUUCAAGCAUUCAGUGAUAGACUGAUCCUUGUAUAUACAGGGAAAACCAGACUGGCUAGGAAUUUACUGCAGAAUGUGAUACGGAACUGGUAUGGCAGGAAUCCUGAUAUUCUAGCCACCCAGGAUGCACUGGUGGAAAAUGCUCAUGACUGCGCCAAAGCUUUUGAACAAGGUGAUCUUGAAAAGGUUGGUGAAUGUAUGAACAAAUACUGGGAACAGAAGAAAAAGAUGGCGCCAGGGUGUGAGCCCUCCGUCGUUGCACGUAUGAUGGCAUCACUGAGAGAGCACACUUAUGGGAUGACGCUGGCAGGGGCUGGGGGUGGGGGCUUCAUGUAUGUCCUCAUGAAGAACCCUGGUGGAAUAGGCUUGGUCAAAGAAAUCUUAAGUCAAAUUGAGGGCACUGAGAAUGCCACUGUGCAGCUGUGUAGAUACAGAGGGAAUGACAUUGACAACUCAGCCUGAUGACACCAGUGCCUAAUGAGUGACAUCACAGAUUUAUGACAUCAUCACUUAAUUAGAGUCUAUUACUAGAUAAGAUGACAUUAUUUAAUUACAGUGAUGUAAUGAUUAAAUAGAUUUAGUGAAAAAUGUGUUCGGUAAAAAAGAUUAUUAUUAUUUACUCAAUACAUGAAAAGAUAUUUCGGAAGUUUCAUAAUUUUGUAACUUGGGCUCUAUGGGAUAUCUACCCAACCUGGAAAUC